CCCAGUCGGCAGGCUGCUCUGCUCCACGUGGUGUCCGAGCGCAGCUAAAAAGAGGAGCAAAAAGCGGAGAACGUCCUGAUGCUUCCAGACCCAGAGCGCCACCAUGUCUCUGUACCGCAACUUGGCUUGGUUCCUCAAGGGGAUGACAGAGUUCACCAGGAACGCCUUCUUGUCAGCUUCCAAGCGCUUUAUGGAGAAGGACCUGGAGGUGUCUUUGGCGGGCCGCUCUUUCAUGAUAACUGGAGCCAACAGUGGUAUCGGGAAGGCCACGACUAUGGCUAUUGCGAGGAGAGGUGGAACAAUCCACAUGGUGUGCAGGAACAAGGACAAGGCAGAGGAGGCGAGGGCUGAACUUGUCAAGGAAACAGGAAAUAAAGAGAUCUACGUGCACAUCCUGGAUAUCUCUGAGACCAAGAAGGUCUGGGAGUUUGCUGAGGCCUUCAAGAGGAAGUACAAGGCUCUGAAUGUCCUGAUUAAUAACGCAGGCGGCAUCAUGAGUCAGCGGGAUGUGAACGCGGAGGGUCUCGAGAAGAGCUUUGCCACCAACGUCCUCGGGGUUUACAUUCUCACCAAGAGUCUCAUUCCUUUGCUAGAGAAGAGUGCAGAUCCCAGGGUGCUCACUGUCUCAUCAGGGGGGAUGUUGGUGCAGAAGCUCAGGAUAGGGAACCUGCAGUCCGAGAGAGGCCGCUACGAUGGCACCAUGGUCUACGCCCAACACAAGAGGCAGCAGGUGGUGAUGACGGAGCAACUUGCAAAGAUUCACCCAAGUAUUCACUUCUCUGUCAUGCAUCCCGGCUGGGUGGACACUCCUGCGGUAGCAAACGCCAUGCCUGACUUCCAUCGCUCCAUGAAGGACAAACUGCGGACCCCAGAACAGGGGGCGGACACCGUGGUGUGGCUGGCUGUGUCGGAGGCUGCCACCGCCAACCCCAGUGGACACUUCUAUCAGGACCGUAGGAUGGUGGCCACCCACCUGCCACUGGCCUGGACCCACAGUUCCCCCCUGGAGGAGCAGAAGCUCAUAUCUGCACUGGAUGACUUGGCCAAGAUGUUCCAACCACAUUGAGGUCGAAGGAGGGCACCUGUGCACCCUCACCAGUAACACUAGUUAUACUCACCAAGGCUGCACCCAGUAGCCCACCUCUCCCAUCACUGCAUGAAAUUAUUUUAUUAAGCACCAUAAUAAGCCUCAUUAAACAUGAAUUGCUUUUUAAUCGUGUAAAACCCUUUAUGUGAAUUUUUUGUUACAUAACUAAACCUAAAUGUGUUUGAUGUUUUCAGUAACUUUCCAUUCUUAGAGAGCAUUGAGAGUCUCCCACACACUUUUUAUACUGUGACUUUUUCAAAAGUUGUCAAUCAGAUGGGAAUCUGAUCAGACCAAAGUCUCAGCCACUAUUUAUUCACACAGACCUAGCUUUGGCUUCAGCCUCAUUCGUGUGUCUAUUGUUGAUGUGUGUAACUAACAAGACGUGUAUCUUGUUUUUGUCGUCUUACUGUGUAGCACGUUGAUUUCGAGGUGGAGUGAAGUGGCUUCUGAAGUCUUUCUGGCCCUUAAAUGCGACACGAAGAAGCUCUUUAGAUGUGCUGUCAAUAUAUGUAUUCAUGAAUAGUAUCUACCUUGCACUUUUGACAAUGAGCUUCUUUACUGACGCAACUUAAAUGUGUAAAUGCAUUAUCAAAUAAAAUGACA